CCUUGUUUUAGGGGGCUGCCGAUCCAAGAUGAAAGUCGCUGCUGUCCUUCUCCUUUGCAUGACCCUGUUCCACCAGGGACACAGCAACUCAUGUCAGGGCCGAUGCGGGCUUGGAGUAGACAGUAGUUACUCCUGUCAGUGCAACACCGCUUGUGAGAGGUACAACGACUGCUGUUCCGACUAUUACACACUAUGCCAAGAGGCAGCUCUGUCUUGUAAUGGCAGGUGUGGCGAAAGCUACAACUCUCAGAACCCGUGCCACUGCAACUCCCUGUGCACCCAGUAUAACAACUGCUGCAGCGACUAUUCAGACUACUGUUCAACUGAUGUUGCUGCCAUCACUGAUGCUGAGAUCAAGUCUCUGUCUGAGACGCUUUACGUCCUGGACAGAAACAAGGCCUCAGCCUCUCAGCUGACCCUCGACACUCAAGCCCUGGUGGCAGACUCACAGACCGGCUCCCAGUCGGAUCUCUCCUCCAGACCGUUGUACAAGUACGUGGAUGAAAGCACCCUGUUCUCCCGCCCAACCUAUGCAGCCCUUUUGAAUGUUCUCGACAACUACAAGAGGAUCACCGGACAGGCGGAGAGCUUCACCUCUCAGCAGCUGACCGAGCAGGAGACGUUCCUCAAGGAGACAAUGUUGAACACCGAGCUGGGCAGAGAGCUGUUUGCUUUCCUUUACACCAAGGGUGUUUAUAAAUCUGAGGCAGAGUUCAUUGAGGACCUGAAGAACAUGUGGUUUGGUCUCUACUCCCGCUUGAAUGGCGCUAUGGACUCCAGCGGUUUUGAACACAUCUUUGCAGGUGAAAUCAAGGGAGGAAAGGUGUCUGGUUUCCACAACUGGAUCCAGUUUUAUCUUCUUGAGAAACGAGGGGAGCUGAACUACUACAGCCACAGCUUCGACGGGCCUUGGUCUGAUUAUCCUGAUGUUUUGGGACUGCAGUUCCACUGGGACGGCUACUACAAGCAGGUGGGCUCUGCAGUGAUUGGCAGCAGCCCUGAGUUCGAUUUUGCCCUCUAUAGCCUUUGCUACAUCGCUCGGCCUGGGAAAUAUUGUUACCUCAGUCUGGGAGGAAAACAGCUCAUCAUACAAACUUAUACCUGGGAAAACUCUUUCUAUGGAGAUGGAAAGAAGUACAUCGGCUCAGCCUAUCCCGUAUCGAUGUAAAGAGAAAAGAACUGAAGUGGAAAUUACCACAACUUUACCAUUUCAUUCUCUAUAUGCUGCAAUAAAGCAAAAAUAAUCUGAAAAUCUGA